AGUAUGUAAACUAUUCCAAAACCGCUUAAACGUCUUCAAGAAUGUCUGCCGGAGUAUGAUGUAACAUGCAGCGAGUCUGUGUAACUGCGCAGAUGCUGGCUGUAAGCUGAAGCACGUGCGUUCCUGUCACUAAACAGGUCACCAAACUAUAUACGCGCAAUAUUCAGAGACUGAAUGAUGGUCAGUCGCGACCUGCCCUCAGUGGAAGGCCUUGUUACACCCAUGGCCGCUGGGGGGAAGCCCACUUUAGACAGACGCACACAAAGGGCCUCUCGGCCCAAACCGGUGAAGGGCUUCAGUACAGGACCCAUAAGGUGGACUGCUCUGCAUGACAGAUGAUACUUGCUUAUACAUGUGGCUACCUUGACAGAAUGGCUUCCGGCGUGGGAGUACAGGAUGAGUGCUUACGUGUAUACGACGAGGUCAAGCUAGGUCACCGUUGGCUCUACGUCAUUUUCCGGGUGUCAGAGAGCUUGCAGAUUGUUGUGGAAGAAAAGGGAGGCCAUGACAGGACAUACGACGACUUUGUUGCCAGGUUGAAAGAGGCAGAAAGAAAACGGCAAUGUCGAUAUGGAAUAUUUGAUGUGCGCUUCAUCCAGAAUGAUGUUCCACAGGAAAAACUUGCCUUCUUUCUGUGGUCCCCUGAAACUGCAACCAUUAAACAGAAGAUGCUCUACUCCUCCAGCAAGCAGGCAUUGCGAAACCAGAUGCGUGGAAUUCAUGCCGAGAUCCAGUGUAACGAUGAUGCUGACCUUGCUAUGUCCAACGUUCUUGAAAGGUGCAUGCGCAAGUACACAUGACCCAGGUCACAUGCUGGUCUGCACAACAUAGGAAGGAUACAGAGUUUUAGACCACGUUGUUCACUCGUCCAUAAUUUACCUGCAGGUGAGGGCCACAGGCCACUAGGUACAGAAUGCACCAAUAGUGACUGUAGCCAUAUACCAGAAGUUUGGCAUCAGCCAAGGUCACCCAGCUUCGUGCAUAAAACUGCUUUAAUUACAAGACUUUGAAGAUGUGUACACAGCUGUUUUCUUCAAAAUAUGGAGUUAACAGAGAUGGUGGUUAAAUUGAUGCAGGGUGGUGCUGUGGUGGUGACAUUUGUGAUACUGCAUCCAUCGUUGUGAUACCCUGUUGUUACACAUGCUGCUGCAAUUGUUUCGAUAGGAUCUCUUACAUUUGAUAUAAACCUGUAUUACAUGGGAUGGAAACCUGGGGUACAUGGGAUGCAUUGCUCUACACUGUACUGAUCCUCCCUUAAAAACCACUUUAUGGUGGUCAGUAAUCUCACUAUUGUGUGUAAUUAAGGCAUUGUUAUUUCUGGGUUGGGGGACACUUGCAGAUUUCUAGAAAUAAUAGACAUGAAAGUUGGUAAGAAAGCACCUUGGAGAGAAAUUACACAAGUAAAGAAAUAAAAGUUGCCAGUACAAGAUUUAAAAAUAAAAAAAGUUUUUCUUCAUUUUCUGCAUUUGAUUUGAGUAAAAUAUUGAAGCAAAAUAGGAAAUGAGAUUAGGAAGUAGAUCAGUUAAGAAAAUCAGCAUUUUUCCAUUAAGCUUGUGGACAUGGAUGUUGUGCUAAUAGCUUGCACUAGUCACGUGAAGUUGCUGCUGGCAUACUGCAUGUAGAGACAUACAUCUAUGAACUUGACGUCAACAGCUAAGGAAGGAGUUUCUCCAUUGCUAGCAGUAGGUACAACAUUUGUAAGGUAAACUUGCCACAUUUAAAACUUCCAUACUCUGGCUGCUGUAUGAUAUUCUCUCUCACAUUGCAUCAGGAUUUCUCACUGGAAAUUGUCUUGCAGUCUUCUUCACUUUUGGAUAUGCAAUAAUUUUUCAUGAUUUUAAAGUAAUCCAGUGCAAAAUAUGUGCAAAGCUAACUUAUCCAGUCAAGGACAUAUAAGGGAAGGAACUUCACUCCCUAUACUAUAUUGCUUUGCUGUAAGAAACAGCAGUGAUGACGUUGACUCGUUUGCAUGUCAAUUAGACAGAUAUCGCAGAACAUCACAUGUAUAUCUAAGGUCGUCUAGAGUUUGUGUCUAUUGAAAGCUCCACCUAAAGAUUCCAGGCAAGAAUGGGAUGAAAGGGAUGGCAAAUGGUGAAAUUGCUGUCUUCCGUUUAAAGAUGUGGGUAUGGGCGUAAUGUUCUUUUUGUAACACAGAAAAGAAAAGCAUUUUGUUUCAACUAUCCCCAUAUUAGUCUGUCAAUGAUCUUGUAGAAUCAUCCGGCUUGUAUUGUGAACAAAUUUUCAGGGUGAAUUCCCUUGCAGUAUUACGAUGCAUUCUUGAAGCUUUUUGCUUUUGUACCUGGGCAUAACCUUUGGGUCUUAACUGCCAUAGUCAAGCUGAUGCCUACCCACUCCAGAUGUGAUACUGGUAGUCCGAAUGCAGUUGUAGAGCGUUUGGAUAAGCUAUGUCAAGAAAUGAAGAUGGUCUGUGUAAUGCUAAGCUUCUUGGUGUAGCUUGUGAUGAGAGCAUAAAGCCAAGUUUGUGAGGAUAGUUUGUGAUAAGACUGUAAAACCAAGUUUGUACGCAUAGUUUGUGAUGAGAAUGUAAAGCUAUGUUUGUCUGUAGUUUGUGACGGGUUGUGUCAUGCUAGGUUUGUUGGUGUAGCUUGUGGUUGACAGCAUAGAUUGGUUCGUAAGCUUUUGUGUAGUCAAACAUUUGACACUGUAACAAAAAUAAAAAUAGUGUCAUCUUGUGCAUGCCAUUCCCAGAAUGCAUUCCACUGAUUGUUUCUCUGUUCCCUUUGUACCACAGAAUAUGGUGCUGAAUGUUAGUUCAAAGCUUUGAUAGAAUGUGCUUCUGAAGGCCUCAAGCUUGAUGUAUUGACUAUACAUAACUUGCGCAAUAUAUAAUACAUGGAAUAUAUAUACACAGUAAAACCUCGAUUAUCUGGUCUUUCAUUAACUGGGCAUUUGGUUAUCUGAGAUCGCCUAAAAAAACAAACAAAAGGAACUAAAAACUGCUAGACAUCACGAGACCAUCAAGAGUUUCGACUACAGGAGCGUACACUGUGUGUGUCACAGCUUAAGUUUUCUUUGUCACUGCCUUUCUGAGAAUUAUUCUGAAAGGAUUGAAAGUAUUGCAUCUGUGCAGUCAGGCGAUCCCCUGCUGUGAAAAACCAUCAGACUUCAUCCAAUACAGAGGACACUCGGAGCACUCCCUCUCCUUUUGCCAAAUUCUGACAACUGCUCUCAUUUAAUAAGUUUUUACAUUUGUCUUCUGCUUGAACGCUUUUCUUGGACAAGAUUGUGUAUCACUGUCCGUGAAGCGAUGCCUUGUUCUGAGCUGGCAUUCACACCUGGAGGUUAGAAAGUGACUUCUUGUAAGUUUGGGCCAAAAUGUCAGGGUCUGGUAUCAGGGGUGAGAAGAAAAAAAGCUGUUUUGUCAAUUGCUACGAAGCUACAAAUCGUUGAACGUGCCAAAAAUGGGGAAUCAGUUUCUAAUCUUUCAUCGGAAAUCAAACUGCAUGAUAUUGCACCUAUUCGAGUGUUUGUAAAUUUUUAGAAUUAUUUUAGAUUGUUCGUGAUUUUUGAUUAUCUGGAUGAUGGGCGCCAGUCAUUAAACCGGAUAAUUGAGGUUUUACUGCGUAUAUAUAUAUAUGCUUUUUUUGGCAACCUAGGUUUAAAUUAAGGAGGACAAAGGGUUUUAGAUUAAAUGAUUACAAGAUUAAUGAUUAGUGCAAGCAGUAAUUUUGCUACAAGAAUGCAGUUUAAUAAGAGCCUUAUUUACAAGUAGUUUUCUGUGAGCUAAUGCAUUAUUUGCUGUCAGUCUGUGUUGCUUGAAUUUUUUUUAAAUCUCCCAGCUUGCUAAAUUCUGGCAUGCUAUUGCAGAAUCCAUGAAAUACAGUAAAAUUUGUCAAUGAA